UUUGUGAUUGGUCCGGCGGCUUCUGGGAUCUGUCAUGUGUCCCAGGUACCGCCUUACCAUUCACAAAAAGCACCGCUUCUUGCGCAUGCGCACUUAGCACCCGGCUGUCAUGCCCAGUGCCCACACUACAGAAGCCGGGAAGACAGCGCGCUGCUGGAUAGAGGAACAGAGAAUGGAUUUGUAAAGGGGCUGUAAUGACUGAUCUCUAUCAGUCCUAUGUAGCACGUCCUCAGUUUGACUGUCUCUGGCAGUGCGGCCACAUUCUCCCACUGUCUCCUGUAGCAUGUCCACAGUCUCUGGUCAU